AUGUCUAAAACCGAUGAAGAAAAAACUGUUGAGAUUAUAAAAUCAACCGAAGAGGUGGCCGAUAAGAUUUUGAUGAACAAGCAAGAGUUGGUAGAGCUGGAUAAACGCAGACAGCAAACACGCGAAGCGAUACGUGAGCUCGAAAAGCAUGCAGCCAAAGAUGAGAAGAAAGUUUGGAUAACGGUGGGCAGCAUGCUUGUCAAGAUGGAACGUGAAAAGGCUUUGAAACUUCUGAAAAAUGAUCAAAUGCAAAUUGAACGUGAAAUUAAUAUCAUCACUUCGGAUCAAAAAAUUUUGGUGAACAAGCAUCGUGACUUGGAGCAUUUUUCGCCUUAUACAGGAACACAGCUCAAAGCGCUCGAUCGUAAAGAGUUUGCAGCGCUUAAGGCAAAUCUGCCGCUUUUGUAGCGAAAUACUAAAGUAAAAAAGUGAUUUGUAUUUAUUUAUGUGCAUAAGUAAUGCUGAAAAUAAUAUUAAACUUAGAAUAUAUUGAAUUAGCGUUAACAUAA